AUGUUUCUCUUGGACUAUCUACAACAUCGGCGAGAUUGUCAGUUCAAACAAGAACAACGUGCAAGCCGUAUUCAAGGCCUUACAUCCUACCAUGCUCCCUUCAGUGUCUUGGACCGGGAAAUCGUCAACAAGCCCAUCGAGGAACUAGUCAAAGACGUACAGAAGGACCCUAGCAAGGCCUCGGAUUAUCUACACACCUAUGGCAAAGUUGCCCUCAAAGCACAUGAAAAGACCAACUGUGUAACAGAGGUCUUGCUUUCUUCUGCUGAGAAGUGGCUUACCGAUGGUUCCAUCAACUUCAAGGGACCUCUGGCUGGCAUCCCUGUGAGCUUGAAGGAUACAAUCGAGGUUGCCGGCUAUGACAGCACAGUCGGAAUGAGCACGUAUGUGGGGAAGCCUGUCAAGGUUGAUGGCAACACUGUGAGGAUGCUCAAGGACGCUGGUGCUGUGCCAUAUGUCAAGACCAACGUGCCCAUUACACUCCUGAGUUUCGAAUCAUCCAACGAUGUGUGGGGAGAGACUUCGAACCCUUACAACAGAAAGUACACAGCAGGCGGCUCUACUGGAGGUGAGGGUGCUCUUCUUGCUCUCGGCGGUCGCAUCGGCAUUGGAAGCGAUGUCGCCGGAAGUGUCCGCUGCCCAGCCCACUUCUCGGGAAUCUAUGCCCUCAAGUGCUCGACUGGAAGAUGGAUGAAGACAGGCAUGGUCACCAGCAUGCCUGGUCAGGAUGGUGUACCGGCAGUCUACAGCCCCAUGGCACGGACACUGAACGACUUGACGUACUUCACUCGGUCAAUCAUUGAAAUGAAGCCUUGGACUUACGACUACUCUUGCCACCCUCUUCCCUGGAGGUCAGACAUUGAGCGAGAUUUCGCGGAGAAAAAGAGUCUCCGGGUUGGCAUCCUUCGAACAGACGGCGUCGUGGAUCCAAGCCCUGCCUGCAAGAGAGCUCUGGAAAUCACUGAAGCCGCUCUCCAGAAAGCAGGCCAUGAGAUCGUUGAGAUCGACCCUCCUUCCCCGUAUGAAGCUCUAUGCCUCGCAUCUAUUCUCCUCUGCAGCGAUGGUCUCGAGACAGUCAAGUCAUUCUUCCGAUGGGGUGAAUGGAAUGACCGCGGCGCAGCUCAGAUGACCUACUACUUCAGCCUACCUCGACCUCUCAAGUACCUGCACUACCUUUGGGUCAAGUAUGUCCGACGAGAUCCUGUUUGGGCUGGACUCUUGCGCAACUGGCAUCCCCAGUCUGGGAGCGAGAUCUGGGGACUGAACGCUAAGCGCGAGCUGUAUAAGAGGAAGUGGUUCGACUGGUGGGACAAGUCUGGUGUCGACUGCUUGAUUACCCCUCCGAACGCGACUCCGGCUGUCCCUCACAAGGGAAUGCAUGACGCCUGCAGUAGCUGUGGCUACACUUUCAUGUUCAACUUGCUCGAUUACUCUGCUGGUGUCUUGCCAGUAACACAUGUCGACAAGGCCAAGGAUCAACUACCAGACGGGUUCAAGCUGAAGAGCCUAAAUGGUAUUGCACAGGGAGCGUACAAGCUUUACGAUGCAGACGCCAUGCAUGGCUUGCCCGUGGGUGUCCAGGUUGUUGGCCGCCGUCUAGAAGAGGAGAAGGUAUUGGCAAUCAUGAAGAGAGUGGAGGAUGCUUUGGGUGAAGACAGGUUCCCCCUACUAGAGCUCGAUUAA